AUGGGCGCGGGGCUUGUAUCGGAGACCCUCCACGCGCCCGCGUUCCUCGCGGGGUGGCGGCGGUGGCGCAUCAGCCGGUGGGGGAAGUCCGCCGUUGUCGACCCCUGCCUCGCCAUCUUCCGCCGCGGAGCGGAUCCGAAGCAGCUCGCCUUUUCCCUCGCCCUUGGCUUCGUCACCGGCCUCUUCCCUCUCUGCGGUACCCCCACCCGUGCCACCUCGCCUUCCUCCUUCCUCCCUCGCUCCUCCCACCCCACGUUUCUUCGUGCAUUUCUUUUUCCCACCCCACUUGACCCUUUCCCCACUAUCUCUCGCUCCCCUUCUGCUCUCCAAUCAUUAGAAUCCCUCUGUCAUUUUCCCCAGUGUUUUCUCCCUCUCUCCCCUGUCGGAAAACUGCUAUUGCCAGCCAUCUGCCCUUCCUUCUGUCCUUCUUGCUCUUCUCUUUUAGUCGGAGCACGAGUGCUUUCCAUCCAAUCAAGUUCUCCCGUUUCUGCCAUCGCUGCUGAUACACAAGCUUCUGCCCCCACCUGCUCGUCUCGUUCCUCUGCUCCCGUUGCUGCUGAUAUACACGCUCGUGCCUCCAUCCCCUCAUCUUUCCUUUCCGCUUUCGCUACUGCUGAUGUGCAUGCCUGUGCCCACACCUUCCCUUCUUUCCCUUCCGUUCUCACUGGAGCACAUGCCCAUGCCCCCACCUUCUCGUUCUCCCUGUCCGCUUCCGCCGCUGCUGGUACACACGCCUGUGUUCUCACCUUCUCUUCUCUCCCUUCCGGUUCUACUACUUCUGGUGUGCACGUCUGUGCCCCCACCCUCUCUGCCUUGCUUUCCGCUUCUGCUACUGCUGGCAUACCCUUCUACCGCCGCCUCCCCUUUUGCUUCUGCGCUGGUCCUGUCCCGCCUCGCUUCGCAGGUCCUCCGCACUCAUCCGUGCUCCUGCUCGCCCCCACUGCCGCUCUGGCGAGCAAUGCGCCCUCGCCCAUCCUUCCCUUAGCGUUCCGCGCUGCCAGUGCCUCUCGGGCGGUGGGGAUCUCUCGUCCCUUCUUCCUCCAUGCCCGCGGCGACUUUCUUGCAGAUGCCACUCCUCCUCCCAUCUCCCUCCCUGCUUACGCUGCAGAUCUGGCAAACGUGCCUCGCCCCUUGCCCUUCCCUCGUUGUGCCGCUGCGGAUCAGGCGAGCCAGACUCGCCAGUCCGUCUUCUAUCUCGUUGCCAAUGCUCAUCAGGCGAGCGCGCCCCGCCUCCCUGCCUCCCAUCAUGGUGCCGACGCGGAGCAGGCGAGCGCGGCCCUCCGUUCCACCCUCCUCCGCGCUGCCGACGCGGAUCAGGCGAGCACGACCCUCCGUUCCGCCCUCCUCCGCGCUGCUGACGCGGAUCAGGCGAGCGCGACCCUCCGUUACGCCCUCCUCCGCGCUGCCGACGCGGAUCAGGCGAGCGCGACCCUCCGUUCCGCCCUCCUCCGCGCUGCCGACGCGGAUCAGGCGAGCGCGACCCUCCGUUCCGCCCUCCUCCGCGCUGCCGACGCGGAUCAGGCGAGCGCGACCCUCCGUUCCGCCCUCCUCUGCGCUGCCGACGCGGAUCAGGCAAGCGCGACCCUCCGUUCCGCCCUCCUCCGCGCUGCCGACGCGGAUCAGGCGAGCGCGACCCUCCGUUCCGCCCUCCUCCGCGCUGCCGACGCGGAUCAGGCGAGCGCGACCCUCCGUUCCGCCCUCCUCCGCGCUGCCGACGCGGAUCAGGUGAGAACUCGUCCCUGGGCACUUCAUAUCGCAUCUCCGCUCGCCCCCGCUGCUGCUCUGACGAAUGAUUCGCCUUCGCUCGCGCGUCCCGGCUGCUUCCAUGCUGCCGCUCUACCCCUGGCGAAGGUGACCACGCGUCACGCCUUCCUCUACGUGGCCGAUGCGGGUCUGGCGAGCGUAAUUCAUCACUUCGCCUUCCCCCUCCCUGCCGAUGCAGAUCUGGCGAGCACGACCUGUCGCCUCGCCUUCCUCCGCACAUGUGAUGCAGAUCUGAUGCAUGCGGCCCCUCUUUUCGCCUUCCUUCGUCCUGCCGACGCGUAUCUAGAGGAUGAUCUUCUUCCGCACGCUCAUACGUCAUGUCGCCCUGCUUUUCUUGUGGCUCAGGCGCCGAAUCCUUUCCGUGGCUGUCGUCGCCAAGCUCUGUUCGCUGAUCUGACGAACGAUCUCCUUCAUUCGCCCCACCUUGCUCCGCCUCGUCGCGCGCCGGCGCCUGAUCCGAUGCGCCUGGUGCUGCCGGGAGAUCGCGUCGCGUCCCCGCCUCCACACCUUCCCCUCUCAUCCCACAUCAUUUAUCAACCCCUUCCUUUUCCCCUUUACCCUCCCCCUUUUUCCCCCUCCCCCUUCCCCUCCCCCCAUCUCUCCCCCCUCUCCCUCCCCUCCUGCCCAGGUCUGACAGCAGCACUGUGUGCGGUGGUGGCGUAUAUGCUGCGCUCCAGGAGCCACGGUCCCACCAUGAUGUUUGCCACGUUUCUCGCCACGCCUGUGGAAGUCAGCCUCAUAAUCCCCUACAUGCGUCUGGGCGAGUGCCUAGCACGGUCUGACCAUCUGGCCAUCUCGCCGGCAGCGCUGCUCGCUGCGCUCUCCUUCUCUCACUCCGGAGGCAAGGCCUCCGCGCGCCUCCUCCUCGGCCUCGUCCACGCGGUCAGUGGGGGUGGGUGGGUGGGUCACUGGGAUGCUCAAUCAGUGCAAUGCGGCCGGUGA